AUGCCGAUGAUGUGGGGGUCGCGCCAUCGUUCGCGUCGGCGUGUCGGUCGACGAGUCGACGAGGGCAAGACUUGGAUCACGGCAGAGCUGACCGAUGGCAAGGUUCCCGUGCCCAGAGAGCCAAAGGGCAAGGAGUUCACAGUCCUCCGCGGGGCCAUUGAUAAAGCGCGCAACCAGAGAGGCCAGAACCGCUUUGGCAGCUCGGCUUCAACACUGAGCUUCAACGAGG